AUGCUGAAGCCCGGAGAUCCCGGCGGAUCCGCGUUCCUGAAGGUGGAUCCCGCCUAUCUGCAGCACUGGCAGCAGCUUUUCCCGCAGAGUAGCCAGCUGAAAAGCAGCGGGCCCCUCGCCCAACUCCAGCCGCCCGAGAGAGCCGAGCCCCCGGCUGACAAUCUCCGCCAGCGCCCGACCUCCCUCUCCUCCGCCUCCUCCUCCUCUUCCUCGUCCACUCCGUCUUCCUCCUCCACCUCGUCCUGCGUCGCUGCUGCGGCGGCUUCUCUGGCUGGUCUCACCGCCCUGCCUGUGACCCAGCUCCCGGUCUUCGGGCCGCUGCAGAGCUCGGAGCUCCCGGCCGGGGGAGCGCCGGCUCCCCUGCAGGGCAAGGAUUUGUGCGGGGCCGGCAGCGGCGGCGGCAAAUGCGGCGACCGUGGUGCCGGUCGGUACCGCUGCACGGCCGAGGAGCUGGACUACUACCUGUACGGGCAGCAGCGCAUGGAGAUCAUCCCCCUGAACCAGCACACCAGCGACCCCAACAACCGGUGCGACAUGUGCGCUGACAACCGGAACGGCGAGUGCCCCAUGCACGGCCCGCUGCACUCGCUGCGGCGGCUGGUGGGCACCAGCAGCGCGGCCGCCGGGGGCUGCACCGUGCCCGGCCUGGCCUACGGCAUCUGCGCCGCGCAGCGCAUCCAGCAGGGCACCUGGAUCGGGCCCUUCCAGGGAAUCCUGCUCCUGCCGGAGAAGGUCCAAGCCGGCGCCGUCAGGAACACGCAGCACCUCUGGGAAAUAUACGACCAAGAUGGGACCCUGCAGCACUUUAUUGAUGGUGGAGAGCCCAGCAAGUCAAGCUGGAUGAGGUACAUCCGCUGCGCCAGGCACUGUGGGGAGCAGAACCUGACAGUGGUUCAGUACAGGUCAAACAUAUUCUACCGGGCUUGUAUAGAUAUCCCCAGGGGCACUGAGCUGUUAGUGUGGUACAAUGACAGCUACACAUCUUUCUUUGGAAUCCCUCUCCAGUGCAUUGCACAAGACGAAAAUUUGAAUGUCCCUUCGACUGUAAUGGAGGCCAUGUCCAGACAAGACACCCUACAGCCAUUUAAUAAAAGUAGCAAACUAUCCCCUGCCACUCCACAGCGAUCCGUAGUAUUUCCACAGACUCCGUGUAGCAGAAAUUUUUCUCUCCUGGAUAAGUCUGGGUCCAUCGAGUCAGGAUUUAACCAGAUCAGUGUCAAAAACCAACGAGUUCUUGCAAGCCCAACUUCAACAAGCCAACUAAAUUCUGAGUUCAGUGACUGGCAUCUUUGGAAAUGUGGGCAAUGCUUUAAGACUUUCACCCAGCGGAUCCUCUUACAGAUGCAUGUGUGUACACAGAACCCCGACAGGCCCUACCAGUGCGGCCACUGCUCCCAGUCCUUCUCGCAGCCGUCGGAGCUGAGGAACCACGUGGUGACGCACUCCAGCGACAGGCCCUUCAAGUGCGGCUACUGCGGGCGCGCCUUCGCGGGCGCCACCACGCUCAACAACCACAUCCGGACGCACACCGGGGAAAAGCCCUUCAAGUGCGAGAGGUGUGAGAGGAGCUUCACACAAGCCACCCAGCUGAGUCGACACCAGAGGAUGCCCAAUGAGUGCAAGCCAAUAACAGAGAGCACAGAAUCAAUUGAAGUGGAUUAACUGAUUGACUGGUUGGAAUUAAACUGCAAGGAAAGUCAUGAUUAAAUGUCACGGACACUUAAGCAAAACCAAAGAUUUCCUCUGAGCAACUUUCAAUCAGUCCCAGAAAACCAAAAGCAGUAAUAAAAUAAGUAAGAUGUUAAAAGAUAUUGAUCCUGGCAUGGAAGUGAGACCAGGAAAGAGAUUAUUUAUUUAUGACUAGGGAUGAGUCUUAUUUCAAUUGACAAGUUACUUGGGACUGUUAACAUUUCAAGUCCCUUCAUGUAUUGCUUUAAUUCUAAAAGCCUUUAUAAUUGUUAUUUAAUGCCAAAGUGAGGAAUCUCAAGGGUUCUUCUGCUCAUAGUUAUGACUGAGAAUGCACAUGGGCUUGUUUAUUGUUGCACCUUUUUUUGUAGCAUGACUCGAAGGACCCAGAUGUAAUCUGUACAUUUGGCUGGGCUGGGCUGAGUUGAUCUUGACAUGUCUGUAAUAGAAAUUGCUGUGUGGGAUGGAAAGUGAUCAUGAGCUAUACCUGGGUCAGUGUCAGCCACCUCAGACCAAAGGGCAUUCUAUUUCCAUAGUCUCAUGCCUCACACUGUGUGCACUUUUUCAUGCAGGUAGUUUGCAUUGGCAUUGGCAUAGAUAUUCUGGGAAAGAAA